GGGCAAUCUGACGGAACUCGCUCAGACAAAAGGGAACUGGUUGAAAUGGUUCUUUAUUCUGCAUAAUUUGUUCAACAUAUGUUGAAGUUUGUCAUUAUAGCCUAUCCAAAUAGACCAUUUUGCAAGAACAAAUACCUUCUAAAGAAUUCCUGAAAGUCAAUUCGCAUUGUACUUUCGUUUUCAAGGUUAAACAACUUUAGAGAGUUUGGAGAUUUUUUGCGUUAUUAUUUUUCAAACUUUUCUCUCUUCCGCUUUAUCAAGCAGGAUGGUUGCGAUGGUGCGCAACCCCGAUGUCAAGCAGGUGAGACAACGUCAUGCCACAUAUCCUGCGGCAAAACGGUCUUUUCAUAAUAAUCAACAGAAAAACGACUUGUAUACGUCCAUGUUUGAGCAAUGUUAUUGGAUGUUUAUUUCUGUCUCUAGAGAGACACAGCUCAGGCUGUGGUUGUUGCAGUGUCAUCAAACGCAAUAUUUUACCCAGAAGCUGAGCAAGUCCAUGGAGCAACAGAACCUUUGAGAAAGGGAGAUGCUUUUUCUUUCAUCAAGGUGAACAUUCAUUGUUUUAAGCACACAUAAUGUAUGCACGGGUAGCAAUAUUACAAAGUUACAUUUAAAAUGGUUAUGCACAUAUAAAUGGAAUUACAGUCUUUACAGAAAUAUAGUUGGCCUAACUAUAUUUCUAUGGCUUUGCAUGCUUUCAUCCUCCUCAGGCCAUCCAGGUAGUGAAUGAAAGACUGCUGACCAUGAAUUCUGAUGAGACAUUGCUGUUUGAUGUGAUUCUGCUGUCCAAUGACCAUGAAGAAAAACACUCAAGGAUCAUUGCCAGUGCAAAACAUUAUGGUAUGGCAUACACUCUGAAUUAGGCCUACAAUAGGGGUAUGGGUGAGUACACAACAAGAUACUGUAUGUAAGAUGAAUCACUAUUUUGUAUUUCUUGUAUUCCCCAAAAGGUCUUGAUAUUGGCAGAUUUUGCUUCUGCAACAAGGAGGAUUCCAUUGAGACCCUGCAAUCAUACAAUGUGAAACUGUUCCUGUCAACGGAUACUAAUGAUGUGUGCAAGGCCUUACAAAAAGGUAUGGUGUUUCGAAGUCUUACAUGAACUCAGAAACAAACCUUAAUUUGAACAUUUGUUAUCGUAAAUGUUUUAAUUAAGUACCCCUCUCUCACUCUCACACACACACACACACACAAUCUAUAUCUCCCUCUCAAUCCAACAGUUAAAUUCCCCUGUUUCUUUGGCCAUUGUGUCAGGUGUUCCAGCAGCCCUACUGUACUGUCAGACAGACCCACAUCAUCAGACAGUGGAUCAGCUCAAAAUGGUGUUCUCAGGAGACGUGAUUGGAUCCUCAGAGGAGAUGCUGCAUGACCUAAGAGAACAGGGCUUCACCGAGACCCAGCUCCAGGGUUUUAAAACUGCAAAGGUACAGUAGUUAUAGUAUAACAACAUACCUGUCCUACCCUUCUAGAAGACAUGGCUAUAUAGAACCAAAACGGGUUCAAUAUAGAACCGCAAAGCACUUUUCUUUUUAGCAGUGUAUACAAUGUUGUAUGGGUUUCCAUUGAUAAUGCACUUACUAUAUAUGAGUUGUAUUAAUUACUUGCUCUCUCACUAAAUUAAAGUAUUGCUGUCUGUACUCAAGGGUUCAAUGAAAGAGUUUACCGUGUUGCUGGGAGAGAUGAGGAGGAGAUUUGGGUUGGAGGGCAGCCCCCUCUGCACCGGCCUGAUGACAGUGUGGAGCUCCAGGGAUGUGUGUGCCAGUGCCCUGAAGACUCUACGAGGCUGGGGACUGCUUGUGGAUGAGGCCUUUUGCCUGGCCGGAGCCCCUCGUAGCCCCGUCCUUAACUUGGUACGGCCUCACAUACUCUGCCUCGAUGGCCUGUAUCAUAUGGAGGGGUUCACUGCAAUGUCAUGA